CGCCAGCUCAACUCGUCGAGCCAUAAAGCAAUGGCGGCCCACCUUUUGUUCUGACCGUGUGAGAGAGGAAGUGUUAAGCUAAGACGAUAUAUUUCGGGAUUUUCGCGGCUGUAAACGAAAGACGGAUAUCUAUUCUGAGGCGGUUUAUUGUCUGACUUUUGCUAUCAGACUGAUACAGUAACAGAUAUUUGCAAAGGAUGAGGUUUUUGGAUUAUUUAAUUACAAAAUAUGUUCCUUUUAUCUAUUUGCUUCUACCGUUAUAAUAACCAAGAAUUAGGGUUAUUGCUUUUAGUAUUUGUGUUGUCUUGUGCUGAAAAGCAGGGUUUAUGAGAAUGGGUGAAGUGGUAUUGAGCAGUGAAGAGGCAAUGGAAAUGGAGUUGGAGACAGGGGAGAAAGAGACUAAGAAGGAUGGAUCUUCUGAGGUUGUUAGGUGGGAAAGAUUUCUGCCGAGGAUGGUUCUUAGAGUUCUUUUGGUAGAAGCAGAUGAUUCUACACGUCAUAUAAUCUCUGCUCUUCUUAGAAAAUGCAGCUACAGAGUUGUUGCUGUUUCUGAUGGGUUAUCGGCAUGGGAGACUUUGAAGGGCCGGCCCCAUAACAUAGACCUUGUACUAACUGAGGUGGAGCUUCCAUCAAUAUCUGGAUUUGCACUUCUGACUUUAAUCAUGGAGCAUGAUAUUUGCAAGAAAAUUCCUGUAAUAAUGAUGUCAUCACAUGAUUCAAUUAGUAUGGUUUUAAAGUGCAUGUUAAAAGGUGCAGCCGAUUUUCUCGUUAAGCCUGUUAGGAGAAAUGAACUGAAAACCUUGUGGCAGCAUGUUUGGAGGAGGCACAGUUUACUUGGUGGACAUUUUCCUCAAAAAUUGCCUGUUAUACAGCAUAAAGCUGAAGCAACUUCUGAAAACAAUACAUCGAGCAAUCAUUCUAGUGAUACAAAACGGAAAAGUAAGGAAAGCAGUGAGAAAGAAAGUGCUGCACGAAGCUCUUGUACAUCGCCUUACUUGGAAGCUGAGAGUGCCUACAUGCAAAAUAUGCAGGGUCUGUUAGACCUGAAUGGUAGGAACACCUCUGGUUUGAACAAUGAAGAAAUGGAAAAGCUUGAUGAGCGUUUCAAACUCGAAAAAGGAUCAGUUAUGCUUGAGAGUAAUGCUGGAGGUGUGAGACCUGAAAAUGAUAGAGAAAAUGCUUGUACUAAGGGGGUUCAUGGAUGCAACGAUGAACUGAUUGAACAAACUAGUGGAGCUAUUGACUUGAUUGGCACAUUUGAUAGUUUCCAAAAUUCCACCAGUGGACAAUCAACUUUCAAUGAUGGCAUGAACAAGUUUGAAUUUGCUCCACAGUUGGAAUUAUCUUUGAGAAAUAUCUCUUAUAGUUCAAAAGACUUGGUUACUGAUGAGAGGCAUGAUCUUAAUCACUCUACUGCCUCAGCCUUCUCAUGGUACAAUAGUAGUAAGAAAUUCCCAACAUCAGGUUGUAAGUUUCCUAAAUUGAAGGAUGACACAUCUAAUUCCCAAGAAUUUUUGUCCAGUCAACUUUCUGAAAUUGCUACUGGUACCUCUCAAUUACAUGGUGCUACAUUGAGUAACGGUCGAGGGCAGUCUGAAGUAACAUUUGCAAGACCACAACUAGGUUUUAUUCCUGUCCCUGGUGUGAUGUUUGAUAAUAUUGGUGCUGGAUAUACUCACGUAUUCCCACCAAUAUUCUAUGCUCAUUCAGCUUUACCCCUUGCAUGGACUCCUAGAUCACCCUGCCAGCGGGAACAGUCUCCCUUUCCUUCAUGUACCUCUGUUCAUUCCAACCCUGAUGUUCAUGACUUAGAAGGUCGUCGAGAGUCUGAUGAAACUAUCAACAAUUCUAUUGACCAAACCAUAUGUGAGCAGAACAAAGUGGAGCCUUUGGAGGAUCUACAGCAUGGUUCUAUUGCUGCUGGUCAGAGCACUUGCAGUAGUUUUUGUAACAAUUUUGGAAAUAUUAAUAAUGCUGGCACAUGUGGAAGUUUUCCCAAUAGAAUUGAUGGAAAUGCCAUUCUAUCUGAGCCAGUUGAGAAGGGAACAGCUCCUGAGAGUUUGAAUGGAACUCUUGUCAUUGAAGAUGGAUUCAGAAAUAUGGAUUCUCACCGCUCUAGCCGAAGGGAAGCUGCACUCACAAAAUUUCGGUUAAAGCGGAAAGAUAGAUGCUUUGAGAAAAAGGUUCGAUACCAAAGCAGGAAAAGUUUGGCAGAGCAACGUCCCCGAGUGAAAGGACAAUUUGUUCGUCAAGUGCAACAUGAGAUCACAGCCGCGGCUGCUAAUGCUGAUCGUUCUUGAGUCUCAUUAAUGCCCAUUUUUCCCGUGUUCUCAACUUGGUUUGCGCUUUAUCCCGAUGACGUGAUUUAAUUUUAUACCGUGUGUUGGCUUGAUUACAAAUUUUUUCAGGACGGGUGGACACACUGUCUAAUAAUAGAAGGUAGCCUGUAAUUGUCUAAUAAUUUUGUCUCGAGUAAUUUUUUUUCUGCGUUGAUUAAUAUGUUUGUGCUGUAGUACGUCAUAGAACCGACUGACUGUAGUCUGUAGUUAGACUGGAAUUUGUAUGAUGGCUUGCUUAAUAGGUUAUAAAGGUGUUAAUGUUUCUGUAA